CUCGCCUUGUUCACUCACACAUAGCUCGCUACGGCAGAGUCUGGUUCGCCACGGCUUUGAGGAAAUCUGUUUACCCUCCGCCCUGCGCAGUAAUUCACGGCGGGGGGCGGGGGGGGGGGGGAUUUCUCUCACUCUCCCUCCCACCCCCAGCCACUCCACCACAUCUCAAUUUAUUCCAGGAAUCGAGCUCAAAUUCUGCUCCUGUGACAGGAGCUCUGAAAUUCUGCAACAAAUGGACUCGGACGAGGCUGGGAGACUGAGAAUCGGGGAUUUCAAGACUGGGGCCACGUUUUAAAAUGACAGGAGAGAGAUUUAAAACAGACAUGAGGAGGAAAUUUUUUACGCAGAGGAUGUUUCGCGUGUGGAAUGAACUUCCUAAGGAAGUGGUGAAUGAAAGGUAUUGAAGAAACUGUUUGAUGACUGAUUGAGCCUCCAGAGAUGAAAAUGAAGAGGAACAUGCUGGCACUAACCUCCAAGGACCUCCUCUGCACGCUAUUUCUUUGCCUCAUCUGCUCAGCCCAGAAGUUACCCGGAAGAGAUCCAAAUCUACAGUCUCUUUACAGUGGGCUCACAGCCCAGGGCCUGACAGCACUCCCAGAUGGAGCUGAAGUUGCUGGGUUUCUCAUGAAGGAUAUUCCAAGAAGAUACUACUUCAUCGUGGAGGAGGACAGCUCUCCUGUCACAGUGAUGGUUACACCAUGUGAAGCCCCUUUACAAUGGACCCUCACUCUUCAGAUGCUGCAGGACCAGACUAGCCAAGAGGGAUCAGGUGAGUCAGAGACUCUUCACUUACAGAUAGAUCCCAAGAUGACCCUUUGUGGACAAAAUGUGGAACUGUUUUCGUAUCGAGGUAACGAUGUUGAGUCUUAUGCUGCUGCCGAAAGUCCGAGCGGUAUCUACAGACUGGAGUUGGUGUCUAUCGAGAGGGACACCAUUUUCAACAUCUAUGCCACAACUACCCCAGAAUCUGACCAAUCGUACCCUGAACUGCCCAGCGACUCAAGACUGGGCCUGACCUUUGUGGGUCACACUAGCAUCUCCUUGGUGUGGAAGCCAAGCCCGGCCAUCACUCAGUUCCAGCAGCCUGCUCAGUAUUGUGUGGUCAUCAGUCGGGAGCACAAUUACAAAACCCUAUGUGCUGUUGAAGCUAAACUUAGAGAAAGCAUUUAUUCUAGAAGGGUCCGGUGGCCAGAUUUGGACUGGGGGGUGCCAGAGUCUCCGCGCCUCGCCUCUAUGGCCGACCACCCAAUUAUUAGAGCUCUAUCCACAACGCUCCCAGAUGGUCGCCAGGGAGACAUUCGGAAAACCUGCACCGGGAUCAAGAACGUCUUUACUGUGUCCCAGCUCACUCCCAGCACCCAGUAUUAUGUCGAUGUCUUCGUAGUGAACCCGCUGACCAACACCAGUGCUGCUUACAUUGGGACGUUUGUGAAGACCAAAGAUGAGGUGAAACGCAAGGUGCUGGAGGUGAAAGGGGGCAGAGUGACAGAGAUCCCCAUCAAACGAGGUGCUUCCAGAACGUUAGAGUACAAACCAGCUUCCUCUCAUCGCGUAGUCACAGUCUCCCUUCAUUCCUGCUACCAGCCAGCCCACGUCCAAAUCCAGCAGAACAGAAAGUUAGUGGCAUCCCAGAGUGUUGAGGGAGUCAAGCAUUUCCAAUUUGUUGGUAAGCCUAAAGCCAGGUACCAGCUCCAUCUCAGAGCUGGUGAUGCUGGCAGGACCUUACUGAAAGUUCACAUGACCACUCACCCCAGCAAACAGCCCUUCCCCAGCCUGCCGCGAGACACGAGGCUCAAAGUGUUCGACAGACUGCGCAGUUGCUCUUCUCUGACUGUCGCCUGGCUUGCCACGCAGGAGGCGAACAAAUAUUGCGUCUACAGGAAGCAAGUCAUGGGCCAGGAGGACCCCAAAGAACUGCAAAACCAUUGCCUUGACCCAGCAACACGCAGCAAGUCAGAGAAAGUGAGCUGCCAAAUGUUCAGUGGCUUGAGCCCUCAGAAGGCCGUGAUGACGGAACGUGUUGAGGGUCUGGAACCUGGGAGAACCUACCAGCUCGAUGUCUAUGUGAUAGGCCAAGGGAGACAUUCAGUGAAGUACCAGAGCAAGAUAGUGAGAACGAGGAUGACAUGCUGAUGUGCAGGAUAAUGAAGUCUUCACCACGGACCUUCCUCAACCCUUCCUUUCUUGAAGAAUUUCAAACCCCAGGUUUGGAGAGUUAGCGGCCUGAUGGGGAGGACACCUUAGCCCCUACUUUAUCUCGUCCCCUCAUCCAUUCUCUUCGAAUGUAACCAGUGACCUUCCAUCUUAGGUAAAAUCACCUAAGGGCCUUCUGUCCAGGAAAAGAGCGACAAAUAUUGUGCCAUAAUGUGAAGUGGUCUUGGAGGAUGAUCCUCAAAUUCACAUGAACAGAGAAGCCUCAGGAAGCUCAAUGUUUUCAAUGAGGUGUGUUCACCGUCACCUCAUCCAUUUCGUCUUGGGUUUACAGAAAAUAAUUAGACUGUGCAAUAAUUUGGAAAAAGCCAUACUUUAACGUUGUAUACAAUGUACUGACAUCUUAUUGUCAUCCUUUCAGAUUUAUUUUCUUUGGUUCUAGUUUUGGAACUGGUGUCGGAAAUUGGUGCUCCCUUAAAGCUGAAUUAUCUUAGUGUUUACUGUGUAGCAUGAACUUUCAUUUAAAUGUUGUUAAAGUGGGGGGAUGGGGCAAGGGAGGUUUAGCUCAGUGGGUGAAACAGCUGGUUUGUGGUGCCAGAGUGAGACUCUGUGAGGGUUCAAUUCCUGCACUGGCUGAGGUCACCUAGAAGGUCCUACCUUUUCAAUCUUGCCCCUCAGCUCUGAGAUGCCAUGAUGCUCAGAUUAAACUCCCCACCAGUUCUCUCUCUCUGAUGAAAGAGCAGACCAAUGGGCAGUAGCGGCUACUCCGACAGCUGCAACCAGCUCUCCAAACUUUCUAACAAAUGACAAGGAGAAAGAAAGCUUAUGCGAGUCACCAAAGUCAUGACACCUCAUUGAUGUAGCAAUGCUGGUGCAGUGUUUACUCUAUUAUCAGUGUAUUGUUGGGGAAAUUAAGAAGCCAUAGCACUUGAAAGAAUGCUAAAUUUAUCCUCGGAUGAAGACGGAAGAAGGGGUAAUGGUCAUCCUGGCAUCAUGAGUGGCUGCCCAUGGGCAUCAGCCAAAGGGAGUCAGAUGGUUGAUUGGGCCAAACCCAGGCAAGGGGACUAGUUUCAUUUGGGAAACCUGGUCAGCAUAGACAAGUUGGACCAAAGGGCCUGUUUCUGCGCUGUAUGACUCUAUGACACAGUGUGGAUGGACAGUCCCAAUAGUAAGAUUUAUUAACAGGGGGAGGUGGAACGUGAACGGGAGACAGGGAGAACAGUUUCAGAGAAAGGAACUUGCAAACUCCUCAAUCAUCUCAUACACCAGCUUGACAGCAACCUUGAAAUCGAGAUAAGAGUCCACACUCCCAGCUUGCGCUCAAAACACUGCAGUACAGUUACUUGGGAGAAGACCAGGAGUUCCCCUACAUCAGCCUGAGGGUGAAAUAAAGAUUGUUACCGUUGAAGACUAUCACUGAAGAUUGAAACGCAUCAGGGACUAACACUACAACAUUCUGAAACUUAACGGGUCCUCCACCUCUGCUUCUCCAUUCUAUAGAACAGCUUCAAGAUCAUAAAGCAUUCUCAGCUGUACAAGUUAUAUAUUUGUUCAAUUAAAUAAUGCAUUGUACAUAAACUGCUGCUUCUUAACAAACUCAAUAAACCUUCUA